GUCUACACGGAGUCAGAUUUCAGAGCUGGAGCAGUGAAUUGCAGUGAGUCACACAGAGAGCCUGAGUGCUGCCUUUGUUCCACUUGUGUCUGAACGUUGGAGGCGAAACAGCAGGCUCCAGUUUUAAUUAACUUCUUCUUUUCAUAAGCAUAAAACUCAUGUGCACUGUACUUUUUUCUCACUUAAGUUCUUUCCACUGACUUUCAGAAAAUGCUCUCAUGGCAUGCCUGGUGGACCUGGGACUUGUCGCUACUGCUCUUUGGCUUGUCAAUCCAUGCUGGUACAGCAGCUCAGAUCAUAGAAGAACGAGGCUCGAAAGGACACCUUGACCUCACAGAGUUAAUAGGAGUCCCUCUUCCUCCUUCUGUCUACUUUGUCACGGGCUAUGGAGGGUUCCCAGCUUACAGCUUUGGUCCUGAUUCCAACAUCGGCCGGCUGACCAGCGCUAUCAUACCAUCGCCUUUCUACAGAGACUUCGCUAUUGAGGCUACCGUGAAACCAAACAGUGAUCGUGGAGGAGUGCUCUUUGCAAUAACAGAUGCCUUCCAGAAGACAAUAUACCUAGGACUGAGGAUUUCUCCAGUUGAUGACAGUACCCAGAGAAUAAUCAUGUACUACACAGAGCCUGGAUCCCAUAUUUCCCGAGAGGCUGCCUCCUUUAAAGUGCCUGUGAUGACUAACAGGUGGAAUAAAUUUACAGUGACUGUUGAGGGAAAUGAUAUUGCUUUGUUCAUGGACUGUGAAGAGUAUCAGAGGCUUCAGUUUCAAAGGCCUGCUCGAACCUUGCUAUUUGAAUCUGGCUCUGGCAUAUUUGUUGGCAAUGCAGGAGCCACAGGACUUGAAAAGUUCACAGGCUCGAUUCAACAUCUGACAAUCAAAUCUGAUGCAAGGGCUACUGAAGAUCAUUGUGAAGAUGAUGACCCUUAUGCUUCAGGGGACAGCAGUGGCAAUGGCAGCAUUCAAGAACAUGACAGUUCUGAGGCACAAGAAGCUCUGGCACCUUCUCAUCUUCCCAUAAGGCCUGAAGAUUCGUUGGCUGAGCCAGUGGAAGCCCCCCCAACCAUAUUGGCUUAUUUGGAAGAGAAUGAUUUCUCUGGAAAUCACAGAUCAGAAGAAACCUCAGAAGCAGCUAAAUUUAAAGAACAAGAUUUAGAUGUCAUAGAAACUGGACAAGACAACAGUGAGUCUACCACUGCCACACAGAAAAUGUUAAGAGAAGAAGAUGGCUCUGGUGCUGGUGUUUUGCCAGGAGUAAGCAGAGAGGGCCAGAAAGGUCAGGAAGUAGAGGACGGGUCCGCAGAGUCUCUAGGAGGAUCAGGAACAGAAGAUGUGGAAAAUAAAGAUCAAGGACCUCCUGGAUCUUCAGGGAAACUUGGGCAGCUUGGGCAGCCUGGCAAAAAUGGACCUCAGGGGUUGCCAGGACAGAAAGGAAAAGCAGGCCCAAAAGGUGAAAAGGGUGAUCCUGGUGAGGGAUUGCCAGGACCCCCUGGACUACCAGGACCCACAGGACCAUCUGCUCCUUCCAGAGGAUUAAAUAGACUGGAACCUGAAGAAUCAGGUUCUGGAGAUACUGACAGAGAGACUGAGAUUUUAAGGGGUCUUCCGGGGCCACCAGGCCCUCCAGGACUGCCUGGUCUUCCAGGAAGCCCAGCACCUGAUUCAGAUGUAGGACCUCCUGGGUCAUCAGGAGAAGAUGGAGCUUCUGGGGAACCAGGCCCUGAAGGGCCUCAAGGUCCUCCUGGCCGUGACGGAGUGGCUGGCACACCAGGAUGGAAGGGAGAAAAGGGUGAUCAAGGUCUACCUGGUUCUGCUGGUCCAAAGGGUGAUACUGGAGUCACUGGAUCAAUUGGCCCCAAAGGAGAAGCUGGCCCUAUUGGGUUUCCUGGAAAACCUGGACCGCCUGGACCACCUGGGCCUCCUGGACCCCCUGGACCUCCUGGACCACCAGGACUAAGUUACAGCUUGGGAUUUGAGGAUAUGGAAGGAUCAGGUAGCAUCGACCUGUUAAGUGAAUCAAGAAUUCCCAGACCAAGGGAACCAAAGGGUUCUGCAGGAAGACCUGGACAGCGUGGACCAUUAGGACCAAAGGGGAUGCCGGGCACAGAUGGAAAACCAGGCUUUCCUGGCAUUGCUGGGCAUCCCGGAGAUGUGGGUCCAAAAGGAGAGAAGGGUGACCCAGGACCUCAGGGUGAACCAGGACAGGAUGGGAACAGUAUUGUGGGACCGCCUGGACCACCAGGACCACCGGGACCAGUCAUAGCAAUACCUGAGUUACUUCUCAAUGAGACAGAUGGAAUUUCUAAUUUUACUGAAAUUAAAGGACUGUUUGGGCCUCCAGGCCCAGAUGGCAAGCCAGGUCUACCAGGAUUUCCUGGCCCUCGGGGUCCAAAGGGUGAUACUGGUUUGCCUGGAUCACAAGGACCUAAAGGACAACAGGGUGAAAAGGGAGAACCAGGAGCUAUCAUUUCUGCUGAAGGAUCUUUAACUGAAUUAUUAGGAAGAAAAGGGGAGAAGGGCGAAGCUGGAGUGAUGGGACCAGUGGGACCAAUGGGACCAAGAGGACCUACUGGACCCAAAGGAGAACUUGGCUUCCCAGGACGCCCAGGCCGUCCAGGACUGAAUGGACUGAGAGGUGUGAAAGGUGAUCGAGGUGAAGCAUUUAAUGGCCUUCCUGGCUUGCCUGGGCCCCCAGGGCCCCCCGGACCCCCAGGACGAAUACUUUAUAUCAAAGGAACAGUUUUCCCAGUCCCUCCCAGGCCUCAUUGCAAAAUGCCAGUGAACCCUCCCUAUCCUGGGAAUCAAGAAGUUCUUGAUGAUCAUGGUGCUAAAGCAAACAGAGAUUCCUGGGGACUGCACAGUUCAGCACACUUCAAAGGAGAGAAGGGAGACAGAGGUGCUCCAGGACCACCAGGUCCACCUCUCCCUCCAUCAUAUUUCAGCCACUUUAUUAAUAGCAUAAAGGGUGAAAAAGGAGACAAUGGAGUCACUGGUGUAAAAGGAGAAAAAGGAGAACCAAAUGGAGGCUUUUUCCUGACAGGACCUCCUGGACCCCCAGGAAGACCAGGAUUAAUUGGACCAAAAGGAGACUCAGUUGUUGGACCCAGAGGACCUCCAGGGUUACCUGGCCUACCUGGCUUACCAGGUUAUGGAAAAAUUGGACCUCCUGGCCCACCUGGACCACCUGGACCACCAGGCCCCCCUGCAAUAUAUGGCUCAGCAGCUGCAAUGCCUGGGCCACCAGGUCCUUCUGGAGAGCCAGGGUCACCUGCCACCAGGAAUCUGGUUACAACAUUCCAAAACAUUGAAGGCAUGUUGGAAAAAGUUCAUUAUGUAGCAGAAGGUACACUAAUCUAUCUGAGGGAAACCAGUGAGGUUUUUAUCCGUGUUCAGAAAGGAUGGAGAAAAUUGCAGCUUGGUGAGCUAAUUCCUAUCCCUGCUGACAGCCUUCCUCCUCCAGCCAUAUCAAGCCAUGGAUUUCAGUCUAUUCCAGCACUGAGACCAAUAUCAAAUGUGAACAAUGGAAAACCAGCAUUGCAUCUGGUGGCUUUGAACUUCCCAUUGUCUGGUGACAUGCGAGCAGAUUUUCAGUGCUUUCGGCAGGCCCAGCUUGCUGGUUUGACAUCCACCUACAGAGCCUUCCUCUCAUCACACCUGCAAGAUCUGGUGACAGUUGUCAGAAAAACAGACCGACACCAUAUGCCAGUAGUCAACCUUCAGGGACAAACCCUUUUCCGUAACUGGGAAUCUAUAUUUGAUGGAAAUGGUGGACAAUUCAACAUUCAUGUUCCAAUAUACUCCUUUGAUGGCAGGAAUGUCAUGACUGAUUCAUCUUGGCCUCAAAAAAUAAUAUGGCAUGGUUCAACUGCAAAUGGGAUCCGACUGGUUAGCAACUACUGUGAAGCCUGGCACACAGCUGAUAUGGGAGCUAUGGGACAAGCAUCGCCUCUGAACACAGGGAAACUUCUUGACCAGAAAGUAUACAGCUGUAAUAAUCAGUUUAUUGUUCUCUGUAUUGAAAACAGUUUUGUCUCUGAUCCCCAAGGACAAUAAUUCACCUGCUGCACAUAGGAAUAUUCCAUUUGACGACAGAAAAAACUGACAUUGAAAUUUCAUUUGUAAUGAUGUAAAUAUUUUAAUUUUUGUAAUUACACAUUUCAGGAAAAAAAUAGACAAAGAAGACAUACCUCAACACAAACCACAUUCCAGCUAGGUGGAACAUCCAGUGCACACAACUGGCUUAAAGCCUUUACUUCCCCUUGAACCCCAUGCAGUUUGAAGCUUGCCAGCAGUUAACUCAUGUUCUGCCUGAGCUGGAGGUCACCUAAAGGCAUGAGCCAAGUGUGGUCUGUGAGGAAGAUCCAGUAGCCUGCCUCGUAAGCGAUGUGGCUCAGCAAGGCUGCUGCUGCUGCUUCACUGCUGAGAAGCUGCAUGCUCCAUGCUCUCCUUUUCACUCGCAUAGAUUUUGGACACCCAAGGCACCGUUCAUAUAUACUCAUGUAUACAGUGAAUACUGAGAGACAUUUUUUACCUUACAGAGCUCACAUUUGCAAAGCAAAGCUUUAAGAGCAAAGGUACUCUCCUCCUCUGAGUUUUGGUGGAAGCCGAGUGCUUGACUCCUGUAAGCUUGUUUGGAUCUCAGCAUGGUGCUUACACAGAAAUAUAGCAGCUCCCACAUCUUAUUUCAGCUUUUCUCUUUGCAGAUUCUAGGCAUAAGACUUUAUUCAGGAGGAGUAAAUUUCACAUUGACAAAAUCUGGUCUUUAUUUUGGUGCUAUUGUUACCAGGAAACCUGAAAGCAAUGUUAAUAGAAAACAUCCUGUUUAACUGGUAGAACUGAACAAAGCAAAUGCAGACAAAUGAACCAUCUGACGUUUAUUUAUUUCAUUGCAUGUCAGAGGAAGUAGUUUCCUUUUGUGUCAGACUGAUGAAUGAAAUAUAUCUCUCGUGGUUUCUUUAAAAUAGGUCCUACACAUUGUUAUCCCACUAAGUUAUAUGUAAAGUGAUUUUCCUGUUUGUGAAUUUACCUUUCUGGCAUUUACAUAAUUAAAGAAUUGUUAAUAUAAAAUAACUGAAACAAUUAUAGGCAUGAUCAGGAAAUUGUAAUAUUCUUCACUAACAGUAUCACCAUAAUAUCUGAAGUCUUUUGCUGAUAUAUUUGUCUACUGCAUACUUUUCACAACAUAUUUACUUAUGUUUUACCAGGCAGUGACUAUGGAGGUCAAACUCCACAUUAUCUAUUUUUAAGAUUUUAAUGAGAAUCCAUGUUGGAAAUACAUGUUCAUUUGCUGACAAAUAGAGUACUAAAUAACUACACAGCUUUUGUUAACAGACAAAAGCAAACUACACGUACAAUACUAAAAUUAUAUAAUUAUACAACUAAAUAUUUUGAAAUGCAGCUUUAUUUUUCCAAAUUAUUAUAAAAACUUAUUUCCCAUGAUCAGCUGAAAGAUAUCUUCAUUUUUUUUCUGGAAAAGCAAAAAUGUAAAUUACUCCAUUAUUACAACAUGGUAAUAAGGCAAAAGCCAUUUGUGUUACAUUUAAAAUGUAUGCAUAACAAUUCACUGCACUCAUUUAUGGUCAGCCUUCCCAAAAUACUGAGCCAUUCUUGGGCCAAAUUCCUCCAGUUCACAGAUCUGGAAGAGUUAUUUAUGUACAGCAGGGUUUUGCUCUGAGUCACCGAAGGAUCAAGGGAGAAAAAUAAAGUGUUUUUACCUGCUUCAA